CAGUUCUUUUCUUUGCCCAGGAACAUGGCCAACAGGAAAGUAAUUGCAGUGUUCGGAGCAACAGGAUCUCAGGGUGGCUCUGUGGCCAAGGCCCUUUUGGAGAGCAAACAUUUUGCAGUGAGAGCACUGACGAGGGAUGUGACUCGACCAAAUGCCCUAGCGCUCCAGAACCUUGGCGCUGAGGUGGUAAAARGUGACCUGAAUGACAAAGCGUCAGUGGAAGCUGCCUUAAAAGGAGCCUAUGGGGCCUUCGUGGUGACCAACUUCUGGGAGCAUUUCAGCAAAGACAAGGAAGUGUGUCAGGGAAAGAUGGUGGCAGAUACUGCCAAGCACCUGGGGCUGAAGCACGUGGUAUACAGCGGCCUGGAGAACGUGGAGCGGCUGAGUGGGGGCAAGUUGAAGGUGCCCCACUUCGAUGGGAAGGGAGAGGUGGAGGAGUAUUUCUGGUCCAUUGGCGUUCCCAUGACCAGCGUGCGCGUGGCAGCUUAUUUUGAAAACUUUUUCACCAUUCUGAAGCCCUCGAAAGCCCCUGAUGGAGAUUACUACACCUUAGCACUGCCCAUGGGGGAUGUACCAAUGGAUGGUAUCUCUGUUGCUGAUGUUGGAGCAGUUGUUUCUAGCAUUUUUAAUUCUCCAGAGGAGUUUAUAGGCAAGGCUGUGGGCCUCAGUGCAGAAGCACUAACAAUACAGCAAUAUGCUGAUGUUCUCUCCAAGAGUCUGGGGAAAGAAGUCCGAGAUGCAAAGAUCACCCCAGAAGCUUAUGAAAAGUUGGGAUUCCCUGCAGCAAAGGAAUUGGCUGAUAUGUGUCGCUUUUAUCAAAUGAAGCCAGACCGUGAUGUCAAACUCACCCACCGUCUAAAUCCCAAAGUCAGAAGCUUCAGCCAGUUUAUCUCGGAGAACCUAGGAGCCCUUAAAGACUUAUAGAAAAAUCAGCUGUUCAGACAGGC